AUGCAGCUCAAGAACUCGAUGCUCUUGCUCACGGCGCUGACCGCUGGCUCGUCGGUCGCCCGUAUGCACGGCCAUGAGCGCCGUCACCUCCACCAUGCCGGUGAGAAGCGCGCGGUCGGUGACACAGUCUACGCUACUAUUGACGGUGUUCUCGUCUCUUGGAUCAACGAGUGGUCAGGUCAGGCUAAGACCCCCGACGCCCCCGUCCCUCAGGCUACUCCCGCCAGCAACGCUGUUACCCACGCUGUGGCUGCCGCUGCCGCCGCUUCUACUUCCAAGUCCAGCUCUUCCAAGUCCCACAGCUCUUCAUCAUCCGGCGUCUCCGCCGACUGGAUCAACACCCCUGCCGAGGGCGAGUACUGCACCGACGGCUUCGGUGGCAGGACCGAGGCCGGCGGCUCCGGUAUCUUCUACAAGGGCAACGUCGGUAUCCCCUGGGGCAGCAACAUCAUCGAGGUUUCCCCCGAGAACGCCAAGAAGUACAAGCACGUCGCUCAGUUUGUUGGCAGCGACACCGACCCCUGGACCGUCGUCUUCUGGAACAAGAUCGGCCCCGAUGGCGGCCUUAACGGCUGGUACGGUAACUCCGCUCUGACCAUCACCCUCCAGCCCGGCGAGACCAAGUACGUUGCUUUCGACGAGAACUCCCAGGGUGGCUGGGGUGCCGCCAAGGGCACCGAGCUGCCCAAGGACAACUAUGGUGGAUACUCUUGCACCUGGGGUGAGUUCGACUUUGACAGCGGCAUCAACGGGGGCUGGUCCGGCUGGGACGUUUCCGCCAUCCAGGCCGAGAACGCCGGCCAUGAGGUCCAGGGUAUGAAGAUCUGCAACCACGCCGGCGAGCUGUGCUCCGUCAUCACCCAUGGUCUUUCCAAGGUCGUCGACGCCUACACCGCUGCUCUGGCCGCUGUCGAUGGCAUUGGUGGCAAGGUCCUCCCUGGCCCUACCCGUCUGACCGUCCACGUCGACUACAACGAGUAA